AUGGGAUCCGACCCACAAUACAACAAAUACCCCGAUCUCUCGAUCGCCCAGCACAUCUACCAAAUCUCCACCCCAGGUCUAUCCGCCCACCACGACAAAUCCGCCUCCGCCCUUCUUGAAACCAUCAAAUCCACAUCGGCAGCUCCACUAUUCAAGUACCUCGUUGGCCCUACCGAUGGUAUAUUAAUUAAAGGUUCGCCGCUAAAGUGGGAUGAAAAACUAUACAAUGAGCUACAGGAAAAGAAUGAGAAGGAGCUGCAGGAGUGGGAAGAGAAGUUGAAGGAUGCCGAAGAGAAGGCGGGAGAGACGGAGGUUGUCGAGGCUAUGGGUGGUAAAGCAGAAUUUUGGACACGGAUAGGUGAUAAGGAGAAAGCCGUAGCCGCCUACAACGACGUCUUUGAGAAGACAGCUUCACUUGGUGCAAAGAUCGAUAUCGUCCUCGCCACGAUACGCGUUGGAAUGUUCUUCGAUGACAAGCCGCUUGUUCAGAAGAACAUUGAAAAGGCUACCCAGCUCGUUGAAUCCGGCGGCGAUUGGGACCGUCGAAACCGUCUAAAAACAUACCGCGCAAUCAACGACCUCACCCUUCGUGCCUACAACUCCGCUGCCCCACUUCUCCUCGACUCCCUCUCAACUUUCACAUCGACAGAAAUCUGUACCUAUGAAACUUUAGUAAUGUACGCCGUUUUAGCGGGUGUCAUUUCCCUCUCCCGCCGAGACCUCAAAGCCCGCGUCAUCGAUGGCGCUGAAGUCCUCGCUGUCUUCGGUAGUCGUAAGGACUCAAAUAUGGCAGAUGCACCAGCAGGAGUUAUGACCGAAAUAGGCCAGCAAACGGUCGAUCUUGACUUAGGAAGUUUCAGCCCACUCGACGGCUUAGUGAACAACUUUUAUGAAGCCAAGUACUCAGAUUACUUCGUCAACCUUGCAGACGUUGAGGAACAGUUCUUGAGAAAGGAUCGGAUUUUAGCUCCACACAGACGGUGGUACGUGAGGGAGAUGAGGAGACGAGGGUAUGCGCAGCUACUUGAGAGCUAUAGAACGAUUGAGCUACAAACUGUUGCGAAUCAUUUCGGAGUCAGCGUGGACUUUGUGGAUAGGGACAUGUCAUCUUUCAUCCCCUCCCAGGGUCUGAACUGCACAAUUGAUCGUGUCAAUGGAUCUAUUGAGACCAACAGACCCGAUACAAAGAAUAAACAAUACCAGGAGGUUAUCAAGCACGGAGAUCAGCUUUUGACAAAGCUGCAAAAGUUUGGACAGGCGGUCAGAGUUCGUGGGAGCGAGCGUGUAUAG